AACGUUAUGAAUUUCAGAUAAUUUUUCACUUUUGAUUACAAUUUUAUUCCAGAAAUGGGUAAAAUUAGCGAGAAAGUAGGAUUCGUAGGUGGAGGUGCAAUGGCGCAGGCAAUAGCGGAAGGCCUUAUAGAAAGCGGGACUGUGCCUGCCUCUAAUAUUUCUGUUAGUGCACUGACAGAUAGAACUAGAGGUUGGUGGGAGGAGAGAGGUGUGAACUUCAGUACCAACAACCUUCAGUGUGUUGAAAACAGUACAGUUGUUAUGGUUUCUGUCAAGCCUCAUUUGUACACAACAGUACUGGAACCCUUUAAGGGAAAGAGCUUCAACGAUAGAUUGUGGGUUUCCAUCAUGGCUGGGGUCACCUUGAAGGAUCUCAGUGCUGCUAUUUAUCCUGUACAAUCUCAGUCUACCUGCAGAAUAGUCAGAACUAUCCCGAAUACCCCCAUGAAGGGAAAGAGCUUCAACGAUAGAUUGUGGGUUUCCAUCAUGGCUGGGGUCACCUUGAAGGAUCUCAAACGAACGACGAUUGCUGGAUCUUACAGAGAUAUAUGGUAUAAGAGGAGUCGGACGAUCACAGCAGAAAGGUUCCGUUCUAGCGUCAGCAGGAUGAAUCCGAGAGCUGUCGAGAUUCCUGAGAGACUUCAGAAUGCGUUUGCUGCCAUGGCAGGGUCUGGACCAGCUUACAUUUACCAGGUUAUAGAGGCUUUAGCUGAUGGUGGUGUCAUGAUGGGUCUACCAAGGGACCUGGCCAUGGAGCAUUCAGCAGCUAUGGUGCGGGGAGCAGCUACUAUGGUUCUUGAAGCAGCCAAGGAAGGGAAGCAUCCUGCUAAGCUUAAGGUUUUGAUUUGA